AUGGCCUUCGUUAACCUCCGCAGCGCUACCUCGCAGGAGAUAGGGCCACCUGGACGAAGCUCAACCCGCCAGGCAUCAGAAUUAAUUAAUCUCGCAGUAGGGUCCCCAUCACUGCGAAUUCAAGAAAUCCGGCGAACGCGCCACUACGCGCGCUUUCACAGCUUGAAUGCUGGGGUUGGCUUCCAGGCGCUGGUGGUCCCCGUGGCGUUCGCGUUUCUUGGGUGGCACUGCGCGGGUGUAUUGCGGGAUCGGUGGUGGGCCUUAUUUUGCUGGCAGCUGUAUACGCUUUGGUUGCUGCCGCUUAGACUCCACGCGGUGCCGGGCCGGAGGUAUAAUCGGUAUGUCGAGCUUGCGCAGGCGGCGUUUGGCGAAAGAUUAGGUGUUUGGCUAGCUCUUUUCCCGACUGUUUAUCUAUCAGCUGGGACUGCAACAGCACUGAUACUAAUCGGAGGGGAAACCAUGAAGCUCUUCUUUGAGAUAGUCUGUGGACCUAUCUGCUCAUCAAACCCUUUGACUACUGUUGAGUGGUAUCUAGUAUUUACCUCUUUGUGCAUUGUUCUCUCUCAACUACCAAACCUGAAUUCUAUUGCCGGGCUCUCUCUAGUGGGAGCCAUAACUGCAAUAACUUAUGCAACUAUGAUAUGGGUACUAUCUGUUAGCCAAACAAGGCCUCCUUCUAUAUCAUACCAGCCUCUGAAAUCACCCACGUCCAGUGCAUCGGUUUUCUCAAUACUUAAUGCAUUUGGCAUAAUUGCAUUUGCAUUCAGAGGGCACAAUCUAGUAUUGGAGAUUCAGGCAACAAUGCCAUCAACAUUUAAGCAUCCUGCUCAUAUACCAAUGUGGAGAGGAGUCAAGGUGGCGUAUAUUCUGAUUGCAAUGUGCUUAUUCCCAAUCGCAAUAGGUGGUUUCUGGGCCUAUGGAAACCUUAUGCCAGCAGGAGGAAUGCUGAAUGCCCUCUACAUAUUCCACAGCCAAGACAUAUCGAGGGGUCUCCUCGCAACAACUUCCCUCUUAGUUGUAUUCAACUGCCUCAGCAGUUUUCAAAUAUACUCCAUGCCAGUAUUUGACAGUUUUGAAGCCGGGUACACAAGCCGAACCAAUCGCCCAUGUUCGAUCUGGGUUCGCUCUGGUUUCCGUGUAUUCUAUGGAUUCAUCUCAUUCUUCAUUGGAGUUGCAUUGCCAUUUCUCUCAAGUCUUGCUGGUCUUCUGGGUGGUCUCACUCUCCCCGUGACAUUUGCAUAUCCUUGCUUUAUGUGGGUUCUUAUAAAGAAGCCUCAAAGGUUUAGCUUCAGCUGGUAUUUGAACUGGGGCCUUGGGAUUUUGGGGAUUGUUUUCAGCUUAGCUUUCUCUGCUGGUGGCAUUUGGAGCAUGGUGAAUAGUGGGCUCAAGCUGAAAUUCUUUAAACCUAACUAAUUAAGUCCUUUUUAGCGGAAAAUUGGCACGGUUUAAUUUGUAGUGCGAUUAUGAAACUGUGUUGUUGGACUCUAUAUAUAUAUAGAGAGAGAGAGAGGGAGAGAGAGCCAAUUCUAAUUAGUAUUUUCGUUUUUGUUUGGCAUUGUCUUUUGAGUCUGAAGUGUAUAUGGUUGUAUUGGAAGACAGGAGCCUGUAGCUUUUCAUGUCUGCAUACUUAUAUGACAAGAAUCAAUGGGCCGCACUUAGAUGGGCUGAUGAUGAUGUCAAUGAUGUUGUGAGUAACGAGAUAUUGUGAUAGGAAGUCAGAUUCUCGCCACCU